AAGCGUUUCGAAGUCAAAAAGUGGAAUGCCGUUGCCCUUUGGGCUUGGGAUAUUGUGGUGGACAACUGCGCAAUUUGCAGAAACCAUAUUAUGGACUUGUGUAUCGAGUGCCAGGCAAACCAAGCAUCGGCUACAUCUGAAGAAUGCACUGUUGCCUGGGGUACCUGCAAUCAUGCAUUCCACUUUCAUUGUAUCUCGCGUUGGUUAAAGACUCGCCAGGUGUGUCCCCUUGACAAUCGUGAAUGGGAAUGGCAAAAG